AUGGCCGGGUGGCAAACCGACUCUUUCGUAUCUCAAACACAGCCUUCACUCGACAGUGUUGGAGGAGGUGCUGCUGCUGCUCAUCGAGCACUUCAACACACUUCGGGCAAUGCACAGUCAUACGCUGACGGUGCUGCCAUGAAUGGGGAUGGGAGCAGCCGUGAUGGUCAUUUUCAACCGUUGGCUCUCAAGUAUCCUCCUGCUCCUGUGUCCUACCACCACCCGGUGUCGUCGUCUACCAGCGUCCAUGAAAGCCAUAUUCUAGCAGCACGUCUGCAGGCAAGGAAACUUCGUCGACUUCAGUCGGCCUCUCAUCCUGUCUCUGGCAUGCGUACAAAGCGAAGCUACCUAAAGUCUCAGAAAUACCUCGAGUACAGAGCUCGACCACGUCGAGAUACUGGCAAGGACGGGGAGCCUGUUUGGUCUGAUGCUCUGGAAGAUGCCUUUCAGCAAGCUUUGGAAGCAAACCCUCCCAUGGGCCGUAGGAAAUGGUCCGAACGCGGCAAGUCUUAUGGACGAAACGAGUUGAUUGCAGAGUAUAUCUACAACUUGACUGGGAAACGACGCACGAGAAAACAAGUUUCUAGCCAUCUUCAAGUCCUAGAUUCCUUUCUCAAGGGGGAUCCCGAGUGGGAGAGGCUUGUCCGAGAAAAGCCAGAUGCUCCAAACACUCAACCCCCGACGACCACGCCUCAGUACCGCAGCUCUAUUCAGCACCAGAUGUCUAGAGGCAUGAGCAGUCAACAAUUUCCCUCUUGCCCUGACUACAGUGCUAGCUCACAUUCUUACAACGGAGACUUGCCGACUCCGGUCACUCUGGGCUCCAACACGUAUGAACCUACUUCCCACCUGAUUCAUGCCUUCAAUUUCGACAUGUGGGUGAGCGCGCCUCAACAGGCCAACCGCAUUGACAAGGCGCUACACGUGUAUACGCGUCUUCAAGGAGACCAGCACAGGCCUGUUGCUCUUCCGAUGCCACUGGACAAUUUGGCUGGAUGGCGAACCUCCUUUCCUCACCUUUCCUCUCUCGUUGAAGACAUCAACAACCCACUAGACUGCGAUGUCAUACUAUUAGAAGUCAAUCUGCAGUUGAUGGGGGAUUUCCCACCAUCAGGGUCCCGGCUAGGUAUCCAGCUGGAUCUUGACUUUGGACAUCCCACUAUGGGAGACGUGUCUCUAGCAAGCCAGAUGGAGGACUGGACAUGCAGUACCUUCAUUUAUGAAGAAGGCCAGAAAAUGGUGGAAACCUAUAAUGAUCUUCAAAAGGCAUCAUCCACGAAAAUCAAGCCAUUGUUUGAGUCAUCGUGGUGGGCCAAGCUGUUCACACAGCUGACCCAGGAAAAACAAAUGGCAGAGGGCUCAGGGCAAUCAGAAGCAGUUCAAGCCGCUGACAACCAUACACGACAAUUCUUCCAUUCCCUCUCAGCGGUGCAAGAGUUGCGAGCGACACCAUCGAGUCAUCGCCGUAUGUCCACCUACUCGACGAGCAAUCAGGGAGACGAGAGCAAGCGCAUGGCGAUUCUGCUCUGGAAGUUCCGUCAGACCCGGCCUGGCGAAGUAGGCACUACAACCUGGAGACGACUGAUUCCUCCGCCUGAGCGCACCACUGCAAACAGCCCCCGGGCUGCAGCUGGCAUUGACCUGCCACCUCUGGCGUUGGACUCAAUGGUUUCCUCGAAACCUCAGGAACAUGUUUACCAACAGAGCCACCCGAGCAUGAUGCAGCAUCAACUACCGGCUGUGAAUAUUCAGCAGCAGUGGCCGGUAUACGCCGACCAUGCAGAUGGGGUUGCUCACAUGUUCAAUACCCAGGGGUCGUACGACUUCUUGAACAAUAUCAGUAAGCCAGAGGAUAACUUGGUGGACAAGACUUCAGUCACAUCCGUACUCGACUCUUUCACUGGACUCACGCAAGAAACCACCCAACCGGGCAGCGUCAGUGUACCCAGCGCUAGCCAGGGCUUGUUCAACGUACAUGAUCUUCCGCUGGCUUCUCACUCACAUUUGUCGGGAUUUGGUCUCGGUGGUGAUAGCAAUCACUACAUAACGUCGCAACACAUCCAUGACAAUAACAACAACGUGUUGAAUUCCAUUUUCGGCUCAGCAGGCCCAUCUAUACACGAUAUUUCUCAAACUCAGGCUCCCCUGUGGGAACCGCAGGGAUCGAGCCUGCACUCUGACCUCGGCGGCAGCGGCUACAGUCAUAUGCAUUUCCCUUCUAACGGUCAUCAUCAUCAUCAUAAUCAUAAUCAUCACCACCAGCACCAACAACAAGUACCUGUGUCUCGAGAGCAUCAAGGAAGCGGCUUGGAAGGAAUCCUUCCCUCCGAUGACUUUAUUGACAAGUUGGUCAGCGGUGUAUCUGCAGGUGGACACUUGAAUGGUGCUGCUCCUACAAACACGCGGUAUACGGAUAACAACGCUGUGGAAUCGGUUUAA